AAGAAUAGUGUAGAGUGUAGUGUAGCAGUCUUCAAGUGUUUGUUUUUCUAACUCGUCAGAAAGUUUCUGAUUUUAUUAGAUCAAACGUUAGAUUGAUAGAUUCUCUAUGUUCUAGAAUCUAGAACUACCUCGUGAAUGUAGUUUUGAUAAUUGAAAUAAGAAGUUCAGCAGUUUUUUUCCUAUGGCUGCCAUAGCAGAUCUUCCAGAUGAGUUUGAUGUUGUGGUCUUAGGAACAGGUCUCACUGAAACAAUUGUAGCAGCAGCAUGUUCAAGAUUAGGCUUGAAAAUUCUGCACCUUGAUCGCAAUGAUUUUUAUGGCAACACCUUUGGAAACUUUAGUCUUCAGGGGCUUGAAGCAUGGCAAAAAAAGAAUCAAAAUCUCCCAUUAGAAGAUGCGAGUACUUCUGUGACUGCUGACAACAUACAGAGCCUUCUGAGAGAUGAGGAAAGUUUAUUGACUUUACCACAGGAAACUGCCAGUGCCUUUAACAUUAAAUCCCAGUAUUACAUCAGAGAAAGGACAGAAGAAGAAGAGAAAGAAGCACAGAGUAAAAAAGUUUACUUGCCCUAUUCCAUGGUUCCAGUUCUUGGGGCUGGUGACAAUGAUUUGAGUGCCAACAGCUCUACUGAACCAGAUCCUAAGCUUGAGAGCACAGCAACAUGUGAACAAGUAACUGAAGACUUGUCACAACUACACAUUGGUGGAAAGGAGUCAGGGGAAAUCUCCAAAGAUGUGUUGGAAGAUAAGGAGGGGAGCUUAACUGUGGGGAGAGAUGAGAAUAACAAGGGAACACAGGCAAGCGAGGAAAAGGAAAAAGAUGAGAGUAAAGGAGAAGGCAAUGACAAGGGAGAGAACAUUAGUAAAAGUCUGACAACUGAGGAAGGAUGUGAGGGUGACAGAGUGGGGCAGACAACUGAAGCUGGGCAAAAAAUAGAAGAGCAGACAACUCCAUCAGCACCUAAAGAAUGGACUGUGGGGGAAUUGAAAGACAAUGGACGCAAGUUUUGCUUUGAUUUAUCGCCUAAGCUACUUUAUUGCAGUGGGGAACUUGUAGAAUUGUUGAUUCAGUCUGACGUGGCUAGGUAUUGUGAAUUUAGGACAGUCAGUCGGGUGCUGAAUUUCCUUCAGGAUAAACUUCAGCAGGUUCCUUGUUCAAGGGCAGAUGUGUUCAGCAGUAAAGUUGUGUCCCUUAUUGAAAAAAGACUUAUGAUGAAGUUUCUUCAGUUUGUGGCUGAGUAUGAAAAAUCACCCCAGGAGUAUCAAGACUUUGUGGGGAAACCUUUUGUUCAAUUCAUGAAAUCUAAGAAGUUGACAGAGAACAUUCAAAAAUUUAUUCAGCAUUCCAUCGCAAUGGUUACUGAUGAAGCUUCAACAGAACAGGGUUUAAAAAAGGCUCACAAGUUUUUACAUUCCCUUGGUCGCUAUGGCAACACAGCUUUUUUGUUUCCUCUGUAUGGCACUGGAGAGCUACCACAAGCCUUCUCAAGGUUGUCUGCAGUCUUUGGAGGGGUCUACUGUUUGACAACAUCAGCAUCACAUCUUAUUCUGGACUCUGAAAAUAAGUGCAGUGGCAUCAUAACAACAGCUGGACAGAGGAUAGCUUGCAAGUACUUGAUAGCUGAAACAUCUUACCUUCCAACAUCUUAUGUAAAACCCUUAAAUAACAGGCAAAUAUCAAGAGCUAUUUUUGUAACAGACAGUUCCAUCCUGCCCUCUCCGGAGCCUGAGUUGUCACUUCUGCACUACGUCAGCAAGGAUGACCCCAGACGACCUGUGACAGUUGUUGAGCUCCCACCCUCAGCUUGUGUUUGUCCCCGAGAUUUGUUUGUUGUACACUUGACCAGAAUAUCUGACCAAGCUGACUCAGAGAGUGACUUUAUGGAAGUCACAGAACACCUGUUUGCAACUGAUAACAACACAGUAGAUGAAAAGCCCAAGAUAUUAUGGUCCAUGCAUUUUGCUCAGAAAGACUACAGUGAAGUUGAACUGACAGGUUCAUCUCCAAAGAAUAUCUUAGUGACAUCUGGUGGGGGUGGACCUGGUGUAGACCUAGAGUAUUGUGUUCUGGAGGCCAAGAAAAUUUUUCAAACGGUUUGCCCAGAUGAGGAGUUCUUACCUAAACCCCCCAACCCCGAGGACAUUAUCCUAGUUGAUGACAAGGAGACGAUUGUAGACGUCGGCCCAUCUGAAUUUGAGGCGCAAUCGGAGGAUAAGAAAGAUACAAAGGAAGAGGAGGGUUCAGAACAGAAAGAAGAAAGAGAUGAACAUGAAUCCAAGGAAGUUGUGCAAUAGCGAUGUAUGGUAUAAUUAAAUUAAUUUUUUAAUUCAGUGCUUUUUAUAUGCUAAAGAUGUAUGUUGAAUGUUUUAACUCUGCUUUUUUUUUUGUUUUAUAAGAACCAGCAUUUCUAGUAUGUUUAUAAUGUAAAAUGAUAGCGCAAGUUUAAUUUUGAAAAGAAAUCGACAACCACUCUUUACACACAAAAUGAAAUACUUGUAAGUUUGGCGGAAUUAUGGUGAUGUUCUAGCAGUGUUUUUUUUUAAAAAUGAUAACGUGUAAAAACUAUUAGCAGCUUUGUGCAGGUGUAUUUAUUUAAUUUUUGGACACAUACAUAUGACUUUGUCAUUGUAUAACAUAUGUGAUAUUUACUUGAAAUAUUUUUCAAUGUGUUAAUUUCUUAAAUAAAUAAUUUGGAAAGAUAACUCUUUUUUUCAAUCUUUAUUGAUCUCACUUUCUACACAUUUAUAACAGCAUAUAUAACAUGAGCAAUAUAAAGGUGUUGAUAUUUAAAUGCAUGACAUCAGCAAUGUAUUUUUAUCUAUAGUAAAUCUUUAAAACAAAAUCCUAAAUAUAGCACUUAUUAAAUGUAGUUCUCUACUUUGGUGACUAUAGUUUACAUUGAUACAUUCAUUUCCUUAACCAAUAUGUGAAAUAUAAAGAUGGUGGUAUUGAAAUGCAUGGCAUUAGCUUAGUAGUUUUAUCUAUGGUAAAUCUUCACAUUAAAUCCUAGCACUUUUUAAUUAAUUACCUUAUGCAUAAGCUCCAUUUAAUUGGAACAGGCCAGUGUUCAAUAGAAACAAAGGGAGAUUAUGCAGAUACCCUCAAAACUUGUAAAUUUAUAUUUCUAAUGAUAACUUAGAAGCUUCAUUCUAAUGACCUUUUAUUUGCUAACUCAAGUCUCUAAUAUAGAGACAGGGGUUUUAGUAUAAAAUCUUAUUUGAGAUCUGAUGAUGUAGAGUUCCAUAUUUAAGCCAGGUACCCAUAAA